GAGCGAACGUCAUUUAAGCAACCUCACUGAUAUAAACCAAAUUGACUUUAGUAGCGUUAACUGGUGUUCGUCAGUUGAAGCAAAUUUUAAGUCAUAAUAAAUAAAUCUUGCGUAUUCAAAUUUAAAGGGAAUAAAAUACUAAAAGUGGAUGAAAUACUAAGCGUAAAUAAUGAUAAAGAUGAAUGUGAUCAAGGAAUUUUAAUCAUAUUACAGCAAAAAAUCUACGUAAUGGAGAAAAUGGAAGAUUCAGAAAAAAAUGCGGACAUAUCCGAAUCUGCAUACAAUAAUAAUAGCAACAACAGUCAGAAAAAUAGAAGUUACAGCUCAAAAUCUAUACAUUCUGGCAGUAAUUCAAGUAGAAGCAGUGGCUAUGGCGGCAAGCAAUCUAAUUCUGGUUACAGUUAUAAUUCAAUAAUGAUGAAUAAGACGGAGGACACAGAAAAUAAUGCAAAGGUUUCUGAUUCAGCAUAUUCAAAUAGCUGCAGUAACAGCCACUCUAGAAGAAGUUACAGCUCCAAAUCUAUGCACUCUGGUAGUAACUCAAGCGGAAGCAGUGGAUAUGGCGGCAAGCUGUCCGCUUACGGCAAAAGCCAUGAUAUCAAUCAAGCACCAGAAAAACGGACAAUUGAUAAAGAAGGGAGGAAAAAGAAGAAAAAAAUGGCUGAAUCACAGACCAUCAGAGAAGAUGAUAUAUUGGAAAGCCCGCCAGAACCGGCGCCGGUCUUUGAGGAUCCGGAAGAAAAGAUUAACAAUGAUGACGAGACGCCCGAGCCCGCUCUUGAACUAGAAGAGCAAGUAUCUGAAAACAUGGAUAUUUCAACUUCUGACAGAGGCAGUAUCAAAGAAGAGAACGGCCCCUCCAGUUUACCAACAGCAGCUCCAAUGAACUACGUCGACAUGCGUCCCAUUUCGGAACAAUCAUCGGAUGGAUUUUCGUGCGUGAUAUCAAUGGAAGAUGGUAUCGUGAUGUCCACGACCUCUUCUAUCACGUCGGCCCUCGGGUUUCCUAAGGAUAUGUGGUCCGGUAGAUCCUUCGUAGACUUUGUACAUGAAAGAGAUCGCACCACAUUCACGUCUAAUAUUACUAGUGUUUUGGCAGUUCCGAAAAACGUUAACGAUACUCAAAUCAAAGCUUCAGGAGCAAGAAAACCAACUUCGACAAUGGUGUGUCGUAUUAGGAGAUACAGAGGGCUAACAUCUGGUUUUAGAAUUAACGAUAAUGUCGUUACAUAUAUGCCCUUUCUACUAAAAUUUUUCUUUAAAAAUAUAAACGAGGAAAAUGGUCAGGUUAUUUACCUGGUUAUACGAGCUACACCGGUUUUUUCCGCCUUUAAAACACCAAACGAAGUGAUAUUGAAUCCAAAACCGUUUGUUAUAAGACAUUCAGCAAGUGGCAGUCUAGAAUACAUAGACCCAGAAUCGGUGCCAUAUCUAGGUUAUUUACCACAGGAUAUUGUAGGCUCAGAUGCUUUAAAACUUUAUCGCCCCAAUGAUUUGGCGUAUUUACGUCAGGUAUAUGAAACGAUUGUAAAGGAGGGUGCAGUGCAACGCUCUAAGCCUUACAGGAUGUUGACCAAAAAUGGCGAUUAUUUGAAACUGGAAACGGAAUGGUCUUCGUUUAUUAAUCCAUGGUCGAGAAAACUUGAAUUUGUUAUUGGGAAACAUUUUAUAGUAGAGGGUCCAAAGAAUCCCGACGUAUUCCAGUCACCUGCGGAACCUGAAAAAGCUCCAAAGCUGCCCGAAGAAGAACAAGAGAAUGCCCAAACUUUAAGACAGUGUAUAACUAGAAUCAUGAGUGAAGUCGUAACAAAACCAGCGGAAGCUAUUAAGCGGCCAAAAGGGAAACUUUGUCAGGACCUUGCGAAUUUUAUGGAAAGUUUGAUGAAAGAUACAUCGAAGAUAAAUGAGGAACUAAGUCUGGAUAUACAGGAUGCCAACCACAGUUCACACGUUAGUUUUGAUGUUUAAAUUAUCCUAAUAUUAAUAUUGCAGGAGCGUGAUUCAAUGAUUUUUGGUGGUAUGUCGCCGCACCACGAUUUGAAUGAAAGCAAAUCAAGCACAGAGACGCCUGUUAGUUAUACUCUGCUCAAUUAUAAUGAAACACUUCAAAGAUACUUUGAUAGCUAUGAACCUUAUGAAGAAUAUCGUCCGAUACUGAAUAAGCUCCACUCAAGAGAGUCAGUCGAGCCCAGUAGUAAAUGUGUGUCUCCAAUGGCUCAAGAUUUAGAAGAUUUCGGUGAAAAGUCGAGUUUGUACGAUGCGAGUGCUCUCAUAACAAGUUUCAAUCAGAUGCCCGAGUACCAAGGAGUUCGGCUGACGGAGUCUUUGCUCAAUAAACAUAAUGUUGAAAUGGAAAAAGAGUUAGUGAAAAUGCAUCGCGAACUCCGAUUUGUUAGUAAAAAUGAGAACGAGAAUGAUUCGUGUGAAACGCGACAGAAGAAGAAAGACCACCUCGCAAGAUGCAAAGCCUUUUAUCACCCCUUGGUCGAAGGCACUACAGAUUUACAGCAACAUGGCAUAAAACGUGCGUCAGAGCAAAUCGAAGACGCGACUCUUCACAAGCAUCGAUGUACGUCUGUGAGAGAAACAAGCCAAGUAUCCAAAAUCACGAGUGUACAACAGACUACCACUGUCACCUCUGUUGUUUCUCCACCGUGGACCUCCAGUUCAGUUAAUAAUAUGAAUACCGUCAUACUUGGUCUAGGUAUUCCGCAGCAAAUGUCCCUAAUGAACCCGAUAUCGAUGCCGGGCAUAAUUCCAAUGUACUAUACACCAAAUUCAAUCCAACCCCCAACAGCAUCACAACAAAACAACAUAAAUCCAAAUGCCUUUCACAUUCAAGGAUAUCCAAAUACAAAUGGCACAUAUCCAGAAAUGGCUGUGCCUCAUUACGCAGAGAAUGUGACUGAAUCCGACGCAAUCACAAAAAUGAGUACUGAAUGUACAACCACUUCUUCCAAUAGACAAUAUCAACCACAGCAAAUGCCCUGCGUCAUGUUUGGACAGUCAGUCUACGGUCCGUCUUUUAUGUACCCAACAAUAGACCCCCAAGUUUCGUACAAUCUGCAACAAAGCUUUGUACCGCAAAAUAUUACUAACAUACACGCUUUGGACAUUUCAAAUAAAAAUUACGAAGAGGCGUGUAGGUUGACCUUACUACCGAAAACUGGCAAAACAUUCAGUUACCUCAAGAGGAAGAGAGCGAAGAUGGGCAAAAGUAAAAACGAAGUGUGUAGCGUCAGUAAUUCAUCUGCCGACGUCUCUAUGCGAAGCACGGAAACCACUGUCCAAAACCACAUUAAGACACAGAAGCGACUGGGAAACGGCGACGGUACAAAUGAUAAAACAGAUGAAGAAUCAAGUUUCUCAUCAUUGUACUCAUCGUUUUUCAAAACCGACUCCGGCAGUAAUGAAGAGAAUGACGUCAAGAAAGUCGCUCACAAAAAUGACAAUAAGACCUCUGACGCUGCCAAUGUUAGUACGAGUAAGGCGCAAAAUAUGAUACCGAGAAAAAAAAGUGACCCGCCGUGGAUGGAGCAAGUAUGCGUCACAUCAGAACUUAUUUACAAAUAUCAAAUAUCAACCGAGAACGCUGAAGACAUUCUCAGUUGCGACAAGGAAAAAUUACAAAAAAUUGAACAACCUUCAUUAGUCAACGAACAACUAGGACAAUUGUAUUUGGAUUUGCAGCUGGAAGGUGUUGCAGCCAGGCUUACUCUUGAAGAGGGCAUUACUAGUUCUAGCAGUUCAGGAGAGGAUUCAUUUGUUAUACCGGAGUCGAAGAGUCGACAACGUAAACGAGAAUACAGCAAGAUGGUAAUGAUAUAUGAAGAGGACGCUCCCCUACCUCCACCGGAAGAAGAAGCCAACAUUUAUCCACUACACCGGUGGCGCUCUACCUGCGCAAGAGUCACAUUCCGUCACCCACCUUCACGAUUGGCCGCCGAGCCUGUUAAGGCUUCGAAACUGUUUCAAAUUAAUUUUAGAAAGUUGGCAGUGUUACGCAGUAAAAUGUUUCGUUACGCUUGUCUCUUGGCAAUUGUCAGCGCAGCAGCAGCCCAGCUCACAUUGGACGGUAUAAAGUGCGGUCAGCUGACUUGUCAGCUCGAUGAGUACUGCUCACCCGAGACAAACCGAUGCGCACCCUGCAGCGUCGCUUGCAACAAAUCUCAUCACAACUACGAUUCUGGCCUCUGCAUAAAGGAGUGUCAAGGAUAUCUGUUGGAUUUGAGAUACAUGCUAAAGUCAGAGAGUGUUGCACCUCCAUCUGAUAUAAGCAGUGUUCAGCGUCAAGCGCAGACUGCUUUGAUUGUGAGCAGCAUCGCCCUCGCCGUGCUUCUGUUAUUCGUUAUAAUACUUUGUAGAGGAAGAUUAUCUUGGCGCUAUAUCAAACAAAAGUUGCAACCUUCUAAGAAUCGAGUUAAACAAUACCCGACGGAUUUAACGCACCAUAAUCCACACGCCGAGCUACCGAAACCGAAGCCAGAAUUGAAAUUGGAGAUACGAAAUCCUGAACCUCCAAAACGACAGAAUCAACAACCGCUUAACGUCAGAGAUUUAGAUGCGAGAACUCAAACCGAGAGGAGCCAGGGAGCCACGACACCGAAAACUAUAAGCACAGCUCUUAGCAAUAGGCACCCAGCUGAAGACACUACAUUAGAUUUUUCGUACGACAAUAUGGGCAUGAAUGUGACGCCACCUGAGCAACCAGCAGCAAGUCAUAAAUUCUGAGAAUCGGUUGUGACGUUUGAUUAUGAAUCUGUGACAUUUACAAAUACCUAAAACAAUAUCUCUCUGAGGAAAACAAUUUAGAUCACUUUUAAAUAUUUUGUACAAUAACAUUCUAAACUUACUAUUUAUUUUCCAUUAUAAUUAAUAAGCUAUAAUUAAGACACGUUACUUAAAAGAACAAUUAAACUUAAAAUAGGAAAUAUUUAAUUUAAUUUUUAUGAGAUUAGAUUUUAAUUUAUAAAACACAUAAAUUGAGACUUAAUCUGAUAUUUACAAGAAUACAUUAAUCCAUUAUUCCCUGCUAUUCGAUGAUGUCAAAUGUCUGCCCACAACGUUUAUUAGUGGAAUUAUUAAACAUCACAGUUCAAUACAUCACAAACUAAUAUCAAUUAGCAAAUUAUACUUACAUAUGAACGAGGUUUGCUCGAACUUUUUUUUAUACAUCCUGUUUUUUGUAUAUUUUAUUGAAAUACGAAUUACAUACUGAUCAAA